AUGGCGGCCGCCUCCGGCCCAGCCUCCCCCCUCUCCGAGAAGCUCUCCUUCGACCUCAACCUCCAGCACGGCCACAAAGACCUCGUCCAAGCCAUCGCCUUCAACACCUACGGCGACCGCUGCGCCACGGGGUCCGUCGACGGCAAGAUCCGCGUCUUCAACCGCCACAAAGACGGCACCUGGCGCCUCUGCGACACCUGGACCGCUCACGGCGGCGAAGUCUUGGAGCUCCAGUGGCUCCCGGCAACCGUGUACCCCAACCUCGUCGCCUCCCUCGGCCGCGAGGGCUGGUUCCGCCUCUGGGCCGAGGACCCGGCCGCCGCGCCCGGCCGCCGCUUCUGCUCGGGACGCUCCGUCGGCGGCCGCCCGGCCUUCGACACGCGCUCCACCCGCGCGCCCUACCGCUCCUUCUCCAUGAAGCACAACGAGGACUCGCGCCACACCUACCUGGCCCUGCUGGCCACCGACGGCCGCCUCACCGUCUACGAAAACGACCAGCCCGAGAACCUGUCCGAGUACACGUGCGUCGACGAGUUCGCCGUGUGCGCCAAGCCCAGCCGCGGCGAGGAGGUCUCCUUCAAGGUGCGCUUCGACCCCAACCCGGAGCCGUGCUACAACGCCCUGCGCGCCGGCGUGCCCGUCGACUCGCUCGGCCUCGUCGUCGUCGGCAUGGACGCCGUCAAGGUCUACCGCUCGCGCGACACCGCCACCGCGUCGCUGGGCGUCGCCCAGGCCCAGAAGGAGUUCUACCUGGCCGCCGACAUCGCCGGCCACCGCGGCCUCGUGCGCGACGUCGCCUGGGCCCCGGGCAACAUCCGCGGCUACGACAUGAUCGCCACGGCCUGCCAGGACGGCUACGCCCGCGUCUUCAGGCUCGACACGCCUCUCCCCGACAACGACGCCCACCCCUCGUGGUCUUCCAGCCGCCUUCUCAGGCCCAAGCACCGGGAACAGCAAGGUGGUGGUGGCGGCGGUGGUGGCGGCGGCGGUGGUGGUGAUGCCCAGGACCCGAGCCAGCUGCAGCGCCAGCUCCAGCUCCACCACGCUUCUUCUUCCUCGUCUUCCGCCAAGGACGACGCCGCUGCCGCUGCCGCUGCCGCUGCCGAGAGCAAAAAGACCCUUCCUUCCACCCUGAGCGCCAGCCUUGCCAAGUCGGGAAGCUUGAGCCACAGGCAGUGGUCCGGCCAGCAAGGACAGGUGCACCACACGCAUCGAGAGAUAUCGCGCCUGGAUAGCCACCGCACGCCCGUCUGGAGAAUCGGCUUUGACGAUGACGGCCAGAUCCUCGGCAGCACCGGCGAUGACGGCAAGCUUGUGUUCUACAGGCAGACGCCCGAUGGCGUCUGGGCCAAGAGCUCGGAAUUGGUCAUGGUCAAGACUCGCAUGGUGGCUCCUUGA